AUGACCGAAACGCCGAUACAACAAGACAACUACCACAUCGGUCUUAGUGGUAGCUUCCUCAAGGAACUGCCCCCUUCGAUCAAGCGAUACACUUACCAAGGAGAGUCGCAAUUCCUUAAAAUUCUCAGAACCGAAUCCGCUCGUGUUGAAGCCUCGCCCGACGCAAGCGAAUUCAUCCUCUUCCGUGCAAGCAAAGAGACGAUCGAGACACUUCUCCAAGACGAAGACGCUUCUCCAAUCACAGAUUACCUUUCUGCAUUUGACAAACAAGAACAGCUCUUCUUAGUCAAAUUGACGUCGUUUGCGCACGGUGUUGUGCCCCAACUCAUGACCGACAUGAUUAGGCAGGCCUUAGAACCGAUGGGCUUGUCCACCUCCCUAAAGGUCUAUUCGAAUGUGAAGGUCGAAGGAGCGUCCCGGGGAAAAGCGGCGGACGUUAGUUGGGGACCAAAGAGGAACCCUCGUGGAAGGCCUGGCACACCCUCUGUUACCCUCGAAGUGGCAUACUCUGAGAAGGACUCCGCUUUGAACUCCGAUGUACGGUUCUGGCUGGAUCCCGACAAUGGAAAAGCAGAGAUAUGCUUGACACUCCGCAUUGACCGUUCACUGCCCGAAAUCCGGAUUGAGAAGUGGGAGAUUCAAAGCGACCGCAUCCAUCGCACCCAAGUCAUCUGGAUCACCAAACGAGGCAGUCAAACACACGUUAGUGGCUAUCCUCUUGUCAUCGCCUUUGAAAGUCUCUUCCUUCGCCCGUCAUUCUGUCCACGAGAGAAAGACCUAGCUAUCUCGCAGGAACAAUUAAAGGAUCUAGCGGAGGCGAUUUGGGAAGAGCAAAUCUGGUGA